AUGGGGAAAAGGAGAAAGAGACAGCACUCUACAGCAGAGAGUUCAUCCAAGCCACUGAAGCAGCAGAAAAUGGAAGAUUACACUGCAAAUAGACAGUCUGUUCCAAUAAGUAAUUCAUCUGCAGUCGCCUUAUCAGAUAAAUUUAAUUUAUGUGACUCAUUGGAAUGGGACUUACAAACCGAACUGGAAAGCAAACAGCACGUAGAAUUGUCCUCCUUCUCGGAGAAUUGCUCCCCUUCUUGGAACUCAGCAGCAGCCCUCUUUGCACAGGAGGAAGAUAAGAACCAGGAGCUUGAAUUGGAAACAGAAAAUUUGGAGAAGAUAAAGGCUGAUCACAUCUCACUUGAGAUUGCCCAAAUCUCUUAUGUGUGGCAUUGCCUUUUAUACCUUGGAGCAAUAACACCUUUCUUAUGGAAGAAAGCCCGCUCUGAAGGAGGUUAUCGUGCUGAAAUGACUUAUUGUAGGAUAAAUUUUCUGAACAGAACUUCACUACUAACACUUGAGGAUGUAAAACAGGAACUUAUCAGAGUGGUUCAGACAGCGGGGUUUGCUGCACCCUCAUCUCGUCACGAAGGAAUACACUCUUUGUCACUACAAGAAAUGGUUCUCCUUAAAGCUGUGCUAACUGCAGGGCUGUAUGACAAUGUGGGGAAGAUAAUGUACACCAAGUCUGUGGAUGUUACAGAGAAAUUAGCGUGCAUGGCAGAGACGGCUCAGGGUAAAGCACAGGUGCACCCUUCUUCUGUAAACAGGGAUCUGCAAACCUAUGGAUGGCUGCUAUAUCAAGAGAAAAUUAGAUAUGCCAGAGUGUUCUUGAAAGAAACCAGCUUAAUUUCCCCCUUUCCAAUAUUACUUUUUGGUGGAGAUAUAGAAGUGCUGCAUCGUGAACGCCUUUUAUCAGUUGAUGGCUGGAUCCAUUUUCAGGCCCCUGUAAAAAUUGCAGUAAUUUUCAAACAACUGAGAGCACUCAUCGAGUCUGUUUUAAAGCAAAAGCUUGAAAACCCUAAAAUGUCCCUUGAAGAUGACAAAAUUUUGAACAUCAUCAAAGAACUGAUAAAAACAGAAAACGCUGUCUGAUAGUUCAAAGCCACAGAAGUUGGAAGAAGAAAAAUAUGACUGAAGAAUGUGCUUGUUUAAAGAAAACAAUGCAAUCAGCAUUAGGAUGCUGAACCUUCCACAUACAUUCUGUCAUUAUUCUGCAAGAAAUAAGAUUACCUUGUAAAACUGAUAAUAAAAACUCUUGAACAGUG